AUGAACCAGAACAACAAAGAAUAUAAAUUUAUACUAAAGUUAUCAAAAUCUAAUGAUUCUGAACUGGUAGAGUUUGAUGAAGACACUAAUUUCAACUUUAUGAUUAUUGAAAAUAAUCUUUGUAUCAGUUACAGUGGACCUAACAUAAGAAAAGAAUAUUUUUUAAUUGAGAUAUUUAAAAAGAGAUUUACUUUUGGUUUCAGUAACUAUUUAAAUUCAUUUAUAUUAAAAUUAAAUAGUGAUGAUUUAUAA